UAAUUAAAGAAUGGUUCAUCUGACUCUUGACAUUAUUAACAGUAAGCUGUACUUUCUAUGUAUUAGACAAAAAAACUAAAAAUAAGUAGGGUUUUGCCUUUCUUACAAAUCUAGCGGCUGACUUCCCAUAUUGCUCAGUGCAGAUGAAUUUGUAUUUUGUCUGAAAGCAGGAAGAGGUGCGUAUGCUCCAAACCGCAGCCACACAGCGUUUACAAGGAUGAACUAUUUCACUGGUGUGUUCAGAGGUGUUUUCUCCCUCUUGACUGCUAACUCAUUCGGACGAGUGUCAGUGGUGUUGGCCAUUUCCCGUGGAUCACCGAUAGACCUAAAGUGCAGAUCAUACGUUCCAAUGUGAUUUCACCACUGUGAACCUGUACAGAAGAGGACAGCCAGGUUCUGAUGGCAGACCAUGUUCCUUCAGGGUUACUGGAAGCAUGUGUUGUUGUCGGAGCCUCUGAGGAUAAACUCAAGGAUGUUUGCCAGUCUCUAAAGCAGGUAGAUGGAACAACAGACAUGCCUGUUUUAGACCCAGAGGUCUUGCAAGUCCACGUGCCCCCAUUUGUGACCAAAGGCAAUACUGGCGAGUCUGGUGGCCACGGUACCUUCAGCAGGGUCCAGCGCAGAGAGUCCUUCAUCCAGAAGGACGAGAGGCCAGUGUCGGCUCCCAGUGACCCUGUGGAAGCCGAGAGCACAAAGGUUGUCGGCGUCCCCAAAGAAAUUGACCUCAUGGCCCUGUCUCACCUUUGCUUUCCAGGUGGGCUUCAAGUAACAGAUGAACCAAAAGAAGAGCAAUUUCACUUUCUUGUCUUAACUGAUGUGUUCGGUAACCAAACCCAUGGAGUUGUUCUUCGGUGCUAUCGGCCAUUUCAGGAAGGAUCAGUGAUUUAUCCGGAUGGACACUGGUCAUCCAAAAAGACAUCAAAGCUCUACACUGCACAUGCCAUCUGUGUCAUAUCCAAGCAUCCUUACUACAAUGCACUUAAGGACUGUCUUUCAUGUUUCUUGGUGCAGCUUAGGACAUGCAGAUUGUCUGAAGAGAUGGUGAAGGAAUUUGCUGCCAAAUUGUCUCUCGUGCCGAUUCCACCACCUGGGCAGUUACAUGUGAUGUUCAACCUGAGACCUCUGAUGGUUUUCCUUCCAGCCAGAGAGGAUAAGGACCUCCCUGCUGUGGACCUUGACCUCCAUCUCCCCUUUCUGUGCUUCACAUCUGAACAGAUCUUACAGAUCAUCACAGGGAUCCUGAUGGAACAGAAGGUUGUGUUCUUCUCAGCUGACUGGUCGCGCCUGACCCUAGUGGCAGAGUGCUUCCUGCUAUACAUCCAACCCCUCCGCUGGCAGCACCCGUAUGCACCAAUCCUCUCACACCAAAUGCUGGAUUUCACAAUGGCCCCCACCGCGUUCAUCAUGGGAUGCCACCUCAACCAGUUUCAGGAGGUUGCUGCGGAAACCGUUGACCUGAUGUUGAUUAAUAUCGAUGAUGGAACAGUGUCUUCCUCCUGCCAUGAGACUGUGGACAUACCGGACAUCCCCUUCGCUUCAGCAGAGUGUUUCAUUAAGAGGAGCCAAAAACUCCAGUUGCAGUAUGAUUUAGAGGUGUGUCGCCAAGGGGCUGGAGCAGACAUAAAUGAGAUGCGCAUGCUGAGAAGACAAUGGCAGCAGAACCUGAACCGGGAUAUACAGAAGAUUACCUUGGAGCUAAUUGUCAACACUUUUAGGGAUGUUAGUAGUCACCUGAACUAUGAACACAGAGUGUUUAACAGUGAGGGGUUCCUGAACAACCGAGAGCUUGCCGACCAGCCGUUUUAUAAAAAGGUUUUGGAGACGCACAUCUUUCAUUCUUUCCUUAAAGACCGCCUCAAUCGGAAGAUGGAUGUGUUUACACGCAUGGUGGUCAACACCCUCUCAGGAACACAGAAGAUGAACGCGACGAACAUCUCCAGGAGGCACACCAUGCAGGAGAUGGCCAAGAAGUACAGCACUGGCCCAGACCACCAUCUGACCAAGAGUCUGGGGAUGAGAUUCUCCAACCUGGGAGAGGAACGCCACCUUAGCCUUCUCAGGAAAUCCUCUCUCAACAAAAUCCUUAACCCUAAGAGUGCAUCUACGGUCCCACCCAAGCCUGUGAAGAUGUUUCAGCUGCCUGAGUUCCCCCCUCCCACGGCCAAUGACUAUGCCCUGAACUACUAUGAAGAGGUGAUCCAGCUGCUGGGGAUGGCGAUCUUCCACGUUCCUCCUGAUGACUCAGCCCUCCUGGCCAGGCACUUCUACCUGCGUGGCUUCAUGAACACGUUGUGCUCGAAGCGUCUGGACGCUCUCAGUGAUUUUCAGAGCCUCUACAAGACAGACAUCGAGAUCUUCCCCAGCGGCCUGGUCAAGACGCUGGUGGACUCGCUGGAGAAGGACGAGCGCUCCCAGGCGGACGGGAGGCCAGAGCUCAAACGGCUGAUCUCCAAGGUGAUGAAAGACAACGAGAUUGUGCUGGUCCAAACUGACGACCCGGUGAAGAACUUCAAGCUCCCUAAAAGCCACAUGCAGCCGGAUGACUUUGUGAAGCAUAUCCAGGAAUCUGGAGUUGUAAAAGAUGUAGCAACCAUCUAUCGGUUGUUUGAGGCUCUCACCUUGGGGCAACUGAAGCAGGUAGAUCCAGAGUUGUUCGGUAUGUUCUACACAUCCUGGAAGGAGACCGGGGCAAAGGCCGAAGACAUUGACCUCCCAGCCGAGGUCAUGCAGUUCCUGGAUGCCAACGAGUGCGUUUAUAAACUGUCAUCCUGUGUCAAAACCAACCAGGGUGUGGGCAAGAUCGCCAUGACACAGAAGAGGAUCUUCCUACUCACCGACGCAAGGCCUGGGUUUGUGGAGAUCAGCAAGUUCAGAGAUAUAGAGGAGGUGAACAUUUCCUUCGCUCCGUUACUCUUGCUGAGGAUCCCGUCGCUAAAGAUCAAGAGUAGCUUGAAGAAGGAGGUGUUUGAGGCCAGCCUUAAAUCUGAGUGUGACCUGUGGAACCUUCUGAUUAAAGAGAUGUGGGCUGGGAGAAAGAUGGCAGACGAACACAAGGAUCCCCAGUACAUGCAGCAGGCUUUGACCAAUGUCCUGCUCAUGGAUGCUGUGGUCGGGUGCCUGCGGACACAGAAGGCCAUAGCUGCUGCCUCUAAACUGGCAUACUUUGACAGUGUGAAGGAUGAAGUGUCCAUGAUGGUACCAAAGACAACGUCUGAGAUGUUGAAACACAAGAUAAACCCCUCACUAGACCUCCCAACUCCACAGACAGUACAUGUCUUGCUCUACACACCAGGCCAGUUAUAUUACUCUGAGGCAGACGCUACCAGGAACCCAAAGCUGUGGUGUGCCCUCAGUGGUGGGAGGGUGGUGGUGUUUGACGCUACCAGCUGGUCCAUGUCACAGAACUCCAUUCAAGUCGGAUACUGUCAGCUGAAUUGCAUGCUGCGAUUGGACAAGGAUCAAGUAUGGAUUGCCUCCCAGGAUUCCAUCAUUUACAUAAUUGACACUCGCAGCAUGUCCUGCAAUAAGCAGCUGACAGAGCACCGACAUGAGGUCCUGGACUUUGCCCUGGAUGAGAGUGACAAGAUGAGCAUCCAAAUGUACUCCUGCAGCUCCGAUGGCACAGUCAUUCUUUGGGAUGUCUCAACGCUUAAAGUGAAAAAGCAGUUUAACCUUACCUGUGGGAGGCUCGUGUCCAUCCAGCUUUUCAAUGGAUCACUGUGGUGCUGUGCCAGGGACUCUGUCAUUGAACUGCGGAAGAACGGAACCCCACAUCGUAAGAUGACAGUUCCUGAGAAUCUGCGCAACGUGCCCACUGAGUUCAGCAGCCUCCUGCUCUUUCUAGAGAGGGACCAAUUGUGGACGAGCUGUUCUGAUUCUGAUGAGCUCUGUCUUUGGCACUCUGAAGACCUGACCAAGCCGGUCCUGAGGAUACAGCUUCAGAACUGCCCAGGGGUAAACUGCAUGAUCAAGGUUAAGAACCAGAUCUGGGUUGGCUGCAGAGGGCAGAGGCUGGGUCAUGGCAGAGUGAGGGGGAAGAUCUACGUAGUCAACACAGAGGAACAUAGUGUGGAGAAGGAGCUGAUGGCCCACACAGACAGCGUCCAGGCACUGUGCUCCGCAGAGGGACGCUAUGUACUCAGUGGCUCUGACUGCCAGGAUGGCAAAAUCGCCAUUUGGAAAGUUGAGUGAAGGAAGAGGACUACGACAUAAUAAAAUGAUGAAGGCUAUUUGCUGUUCUUAUUGUCGCUGAAUCCCUUUGUGAGAUAGAAUAUACACAUUAAGGAAUGUAGCUGCAUUGGUUUGGUUCCUGCUUCCGUCAGUGGAGGGGGGAUAGUGAUUCUCAGGGAAUUUUUUUAUGUUGCAGAACAAUUUCAAGUCUUGUCUGGCGGUCUGCCACUGUAGGAUGCUGCAAGAUGUUUAGCAGCUUUUGUAUUUCUACUGAACAAAAAUAUUAACGAAGUGUUAGUCCCAUGUUUCAUGAGGUGACAUAAAAUAUAAGGGCUUUUCCAUUAGCACAAGAAGCUUAUCACCUGUUGACAAAUUUAUGUCAUGAAAUUUGGUUACAUCCUUGUUAGUAAGCAUUUCUCCUUUGUCAAGAUAAUUCAACUACCUGACAUCUUUGAAGUAGAUGCUGCAUUUUAAUUUUUGUUUAAAGAUCUGAAGUCUGGAUAUGUUAUGUAAUCUUUCAACUGACCCCCUCCCCCACACACGUCAUGUCUUUAAUCUUAUUUUCAAUAAAAUGCUAUUGUGCUGUCUGUAUUCCU